GUACAGAAAUACAUGUUUGGUCAUAAUAAUUUGUUAAGAUAUUCACUUAAUAAAAUAGUAUUAAAGAUUUCUUUCCAAAAAAAAUCUUCUAAAUAACGAAUAAAGUGCUUCGUAUUCAAUAGCUUCUGAAAUUGUCUUUCUGAAGGGUUAACUAGUUCCUAACCUUUAAAAUGCAUUUACCUAUUCGUUGCUUAAUUUUAUUAUGGAAUCUAUUCUUCUGUGUUAUGGGUGAUGACUGCAAAAAAGAGUGUCCUCUUGAUUACAAACCAAUUUGUGCAACUGUUGAAAAUUCUGAAGGCCAACCGAUAGUUUGUACAUUUCCAAAUGAUUGUUCUUUGGAAAUUCACACAUGUAUGAGUGGCAAAGAAGCUUCGGAUCAAAAAGAGGACUUUUGUGAAGAUCAGGAUUUUGAGUGUACUGAUAUAAUCUUGAGAACCUUUAAAAGAUAAAAUUAUAAAGUUUAUAUAUAUGUUUAUAUUAUAUAUGUAUUUUUUUUUAAUAAAGUAAGUUUUUAUGGUUGUAUCUUUAA